GGAGAGUCGGCGGCCGGAGCCGUCACCCAGGCGGGGACCCUGCGCAGGCGACUCCGCGCGGCGGCCCGGAGGCGGGAGGGAGCGAGCGAGAGGCGGGCGGAAGGCAGCUGCUGGCGCCCGAGGGGCUGGGCGAGCAGAUUGUAAACAUGGCUGUGUGGAUCCAGGCCCAGCAGCUGCAAGGAGAUGCCCUUCAUCAGAUGCAAGCCUUGUACGGCCAGCAUUUCCCCAUCGAGGUGCGCCAUUACUUAUCCCAGUGGAUCGAAAGCCAACCUUGGGACUCAAUAGAUCUUGAUAAUCCACAGGAGAACAUUAAGGCCACCCAGCUGCUGGAGGGCCUGGUGCAGGAGCUGCAGAAGAAGGCGGAGCACCAGGUGGGGGAAGAUGGCUUCUUGCUGAAGAUCAAGCUGGGGCACUACGCCACGCAGCUGCAGAACACGUAUGACCGCUGCCCCAUGGAGCUGGUCCGCUGCAUCCGGCACAUUCUGUACAAUGAGCAGAGGCUGGUCCGAGAAGCCAACAAUGGUGCCUCUCCAGCCGGGAGUCUUGCCGACAUCAUGUCCCAGAAACACCUUCAGAUCAACCAGACCUUCGAGGAGCUGCGGCUGGUCACGCAGGACACCGAGAACGAACUGAAGAAGCUGCAGCAGACCCAAGAAUACUUCAUCAUCCAGUACCAGGAGAGCCUGAGGAUCCAGGCUCAGUUUGCCCAGCUGGCCCAGCUGAACCCGCAGGAGCGUCUGAGCCGGGAGACAGCCCUGCAGCAGAAGCAGGUGUCGCUGGAGGCCUGGCUGCAGCGCGAGGCCCAGACGCUGCAGCAGUACCGCGUGGAGCUGGCCGAGAAGCACCAGAAGACGCUGCAGCUCCUGCGCAAGCAGCAGACCGUCAUCCUGGACGACGAGCUGAUCCAGUGGAAGCGGCGGCAGCAGCUGGCCGGGAAUGGGGGGCCCCCUGAGGGCAGCCUGGACGUGCUGCAGUCCUGGUGUGAGAAGUUGGCGGAGAUCAUCUGGCAGAACCGGCAGCAGAUCCGCAGAGCUGAGCACCUCUGCCAGCAGCUGCCCAUCCCCGGCCCCGUGGAGGAAAUGCUGGCUGAGGUCAACGCCACCAUCACAGACAUCAUCUCCGCCCUGGUGACCAGCACGUUCAUCAUUGAGAAGCAGCCCCCUCAGGUCCUGAAGACCCAGACCAAGUUUGCAGCCACCGUGCGCCUGCUGGUGGGGGGGAAGCUGAACGUGCACAUGAACCCCCCCCAGGUGAAGGCCACCAUCAUCAGCGAGCAGCAGGCCAAGUCGCUGCUCAAGAACGAGAACACCCGCAACGAGUACAGUGGCGAGAUCUUGAACAACUGCUGUGUCAUGGAGUAUCACCAGGCCACCGGCACGCUCAGCGCCCACUUCCGGAACAUGUCCCUGAAACGCAUCAAGAGGUCUGACCGUCGUGGGGCAGAGUCAGUAACCGAGGAAAAAUUCACAAUCCUGUUUGAAUCACAGUUCAGUGUUGGUGGGAAUGAGCUGGUUUUUCAAGUCAAGACCCUGUCCCUCCCGGUGGUGGUGAUUGUCCACGGCAGCCAGGACAACAACGCGACGGCCACGGUUCUCUGGGACAAUGCUUUUGCGGAAUCUGGCAGGGUGCCCUUUGCCGUGCCCGACAAAGUGCUGUGGCCGCAGCUGUGUGAAGCGCUCAACAUGAAAUUCAAGGCCGAAGUGCAGAGCAACCGGGGCCUGACCAAGGAGAACCUCGUGUUCCUGGCGCAGAAGCUGUUCAACAGCAGCAGCAGCCACCUCGAGGACUAUAACAGCAUGUCCGUGUCCUGGUCCCAGUUCAACAGGGAGAAUUUACCAGGACGGAAUUACACUUUCUGGCAGUGGUUCGAUGGUGUGAUGGAAGUGUUAAAAAAGCAUCUCAAGCCUCAUUGGAAUGACGGGGCUAUUUUGGGUUUCGUGAAUAAGCAACAGGCCCAUGAUCUACUCAUUAACAAGCCCGAUGGGACCUUCCUGCUGCGAUUCAGCGACUCUGAAAUUGGCGGGAUCACCAUCGCCUGGAAGUUUGAUUCUCAGGAAAGAAUGUUUUGGAAUCUGAUGCCUUUUACCACCAGAGACUUCUCCAUUCGGUCCCUGGCCGACCGCCUGGGGGACCUGGAUUACCUUAUCUACGUGUUCCCCGACCGGCCGAAAGAUGAAGUAUACUCCAAAUAUUACACGCCAGUUCCAUGCGAGCCUGCCACUGCUAAAGCAGUGGACGGAUACGUGAAGCCACAGAUCAAGCAAGUGGUCCCUGAGUUUGUGACGUCUGCAGACUCUGCUGGGGGCAGUGCCACCUACAUGGACCAGGCCCCCUCCCCGGCUGUGGGUCCCCAGGCUCAUUACAACAUGUACCCACAGAACCCUGACCCCGUCCUUGACACCGACGGGGACUUCGAUCUGGACGACACGAUGGACGUGGCGCGCCGCGUGGAGGAACUCUUGGGCCGACCUAUGGACACUCAGUGGAUCCCUCAUGCGCAGUCGUGACCUCCAUCGCCGCCGUCAGCGUCUUGGUCCUCAUGAGAGGAGUUCUUCUUGUGGAUGUUUUAAUUCCAUGAAUCGCUUCUCCUUGGAAACAAUACUCAUAAUGUGAAGUGUUAAUGCUAGUUGUGACUUUAGUGUUUCUGUGCAUGGUGGCCCCAGUGCCGGGAGCGUGUGUGUGUGUGUGUGUGUGUGUGUGUGUGUGUGUGUCCGUGUGGUGUCCCUCCCCCUUGCUGUCCAGACAAAGGCCGUGGUGGUUUGAACCUUGUGCACAAAGGCAGUUGGCUCCACGAGCCCUGGCACAUGGCCGUGUGUCUGGAGGGUGCCUGGACUUUGACGUGUGGCUGUUCAAGUAAGAGAAGGACGCAGGGAGGAGCAAGCACCUCCUCUCUGGUGAGUCUUUGUCACUGUGUUUGCCAGGCAAUUGUGCUAUAACCAUGAUUGUCUCCGCUUUUCUUCUGCAAUGUGGAAACCGCCUCCUGACAAAGAAUGCCAGUCCUCCCCCCGCCCCCACCCCAUUUUCCCGGGUAGGGAUGGGGAAAGGGGCAACUUAGGAGGAUUGUUGGGGCAAGGGGAGCCAGAGGUCUUCGGAUGGGUAGUGGCUUUUGUAAAUAACACGUAACCCGUCUUCGUGUUUUCUCCGUCCCUCCUGCCCUCCCUGGCUGUGUCCCUCUCUCCUCCUCUCGCUCAGUUCCUCUGGGUGCACACACGUGCAGAUGAGCUAGAGGGCAGAAGAGAGGGUCACGCCACCCAAGCUUACAGUGUUGGUGUCCUUCGUGUCGCGGCCAGAGUGGAAUGCCCAGCCCUGACCCGCAGGCGCCGAGAACGUCGCCUCGUCGCCCAGGGAAGCUGCCGUCCCAUCUGCCCGUCCUUCCUCCGCGCUGGGAGGCUGACCGAUGCCAGCUCUUCGCAAAUGUCGGACAGUGUUUUUGCUUCUAACUUGGGACUUCUUGUUUUCCCCUCCCCACCCUCAUCUGACACUGAAGUUCUCUCUUCCUGUGUCAGGUCCUGUGCCGUUCCUACCCAGGUCACCUCAUUUCCCUUCACUGAUCGUGCGCGAUGUCUCGGGGAGUGGGCGGCAGGAGUGCGGUCCGAACCCAGGGCCGGCAUGUCCAGCGGGUGUUGUUGCCCACCUGGCGCAGGGUGCUGGGUGUCAGGCAUUGGGAGUUGGGGGAAAUGCAGUCGGCAGGUUUGCAGGAAGUUUGGUAAGCUGCAGAAACAAAAAGCCUCAAGCGUAAUUUCGUCCGUAGUUUCGUCCGCGGCUCCACGCCAGAAGGAAGGAAUGGGCUGCGGCAGGCAGGUGGGAAGAGAGGGGAGCAGGUAUAGUUUUCAGGUUAGGCCCACAAGGUCGCCCCUGGCCCCCUCUCCGAAAGGAUAUGACGAGGCCCAAGAAAUAAUAGCCCUAAAAACCGUAUUUUUAUAUGUGUGAGUAAAUAAACAUAUUUUUUUUACAAAAACUAACUUCUGAACUUACCAGUGUUUUGAUGUUAAAGGAACCUAUUUCUCUGUAGUAAAUUAUUUAUUGGAAAAUGACUUUUUCAAAGCUGCUGUUUGCGCUGGCUUGGUUUCAUACACUGAUUUAUUUUUCUAUGCCAGGCAGUAGACUCUCUCUGCCUCUGAGGCGCAGGCCGACCCCUCCGUGGAUACCAGCGUUGAUGUAGGAUGCUGCUAAGCCCCUUGCGUACCUCUCAGGAUUCAAUUAAAAUCCCCCCUGUGGGGACAGGAGUGUUGGGGAGAGGUGUAGGGAAGCCUGGCCCGGUCUCGAAGAGCCCUCACCUGCCUGUCACUCUGGCUUCACCAACGCCUGCCUCAAGAGCGAUGCCCUCAUUGUCCCAGCGGGGGACGCGGGCGGGGGAGGGGGUGGGGGGUACCGACCCGCUGGGAAGUGGGCCCAGCCCUGGGGCAUGCCGAGGUCUAGCGCUCCCCUCACAGCUGCCAGUAGGGUUGAGGGGACGGGUGCCCAGUGUGGGCUCCCUCCCGAGCUUGUACAGUCGCUGAGCUGUCCUCAGUUUUCCCGAGAACUGUGCCUGUCGAUGGGAGAGAUUUUCGACUGAAAGGUGCGCUCGCUAUCUGCACUGUCCUUUCUCUCUUCUCCCCGUUCCUGCAAACCAGAGGAGGCCGCGGGAAGCCGGACCGCCCCACCUCUCGCUCGCUCCCAGGCACACACAGUCAUCGGCGUCCCAGCUCCACGUGUGCGGCGUGCAGGGUUUUGUGGGGGUGGCGGGGAGACAAAGUGAAUAUAACUUAACGUGGAAGUAUACUUUUUAUAACUUUUCUUUUUAAAACUUUGUGAAAUUAUUUCAGAUACAUAUUUUAGUGUUGAGGCCGAAUAGCAUUAGCCAGCAAAAAAAAAAAAAAAAAAGUAUUGUGUACAAUUCUCCUUGGGCCAAUCACAAAAUAAUGUAAAAUAAUGUAUUUUAUGUUACAAUAAAGCCUUCCUCUGAAGGGGCAA